UGCUCGUAAUAGUAUAACAGACAAUAUAGUAUCAUUCAGGAAUGUCUAACAGUGCAGCACCUCUGCUCUAUCACUGUUAAUUUAAAGAACAGCAGUUGGCAAACAGCUGUUACUGUUGUUUUGAUAAAACAAAAAAUAUACAUAAUUGCGCAAAAUAUUUGAUAAUGUGGAGAGUAUUAUUUAAAGCACAAAAAGUGCAACAACUUAAAAGCUUGAAUCUGCGCCAGCUUGCAGCAAAGGCAACUGCACCAAAAUUAUUGCAACUGGAGCAAAUUCACAUUGAGGAAGCCGUUAAAAUGGAGCCUGCAUUGGCAAUUUACACUCCCGAAAUAUGGCGAAGGGCGCACGAAACUUUUCAAAAUCAUGGACUGGAAACCAUGAGCUUUCUACGCAUCGUGACUGGAAAUCCAAAUAUCCUGAAACGCACGCCAGACCGAAUAAUUAAUACUUUAGAGAUUUGGCGCGCUUGUCAAUUCGGCGAGACCUUGUUGCACCUUUUGUUGACUAAAUAUCCAGAGCUGCUGGACGUUACUGAUGCCCAUCAGUUGCUCACACUGAGCUCCUAUUUGAAGAGUCGACUGUCGACGAAUAAAAAUGUGUGGAAGGUGCUGAUGAAUAGUCCGGACUUGAUGGCACAGCCGGAAAACUUAAUAGAGGAGAAGUUGAACUAUAUGUUCGAUAUAAUGCGCAUUGAGGUGCCAGAGAUUGUAAAAUCCUCGGCUUUGUCUUUGCCUUUCGAGGAUUUACGCUGUCGUCACAUUUUUCUGGUUCGUUUGGGCUUGUUUAAGCCACGCCCACUCAAGGCUGAUCCCGAUGAGCCUACGACAAAUCAUCGACUAUAUCAAAUAACGGAUACCUCAGAAAAAUCCUUUGCAACAAAAAUAUGUCGUGUUACACUGCCCGAAUAUGAAGCAUUCAAGGAACUUUUGGCACGCGAAUUGGAGCGCAAGUCGAGAAAAACUGAAGCUCAAGAUGAAUUUAGUGAUGAAGAUUAAGCUUAGAUUAAUUGUUAUUAAGAUUUAUGUUAUACAAAAACAAAAUUGAUCGGCAAUGUUCGUUUUAUUAAGAAUUUUAUGUUAAAU